CAGUAUAUGGCAGCUUCCUAUGUUCCUAACGGAUUCACAGAUGUUGUCUACAACUCCCAGAAUCCCCAGCUGCAGUGACCUUUGCUUGUGGAUUCUGGGAGCUGUAGUCAACAAUAUCUGGGAAUCCUUGUUAGAGGAAACACUGGUCCCUUUCCUCUUCACAAAGUACUGUUGUUAGCCUCUUGCCAUCCUAGGAGUUCCAUGUUCAAAACUAUAUGGUUUGAGAGGUAUUGCUCACUCUGCCAGCUUAUAUUAGUUGUUCAAAUAUUAUUGCCAAUCUCCCUAUGGCUUUUUUUGAAAAUCAAUCACUCCUUUUUGCUUUCUGUGAGUCUCUCUCAGCCGUAUCUUGGAGAUGCCAGGGAGGGAGCUUAGUACCUUCGGAAGGUGCUCUUCCUCGAGUAGCCCCAUCCCCUAAGGGGAAUAUUUUAUGGUGCUCACACACGUAGUCUCCUAUUCAAAUAAGGCCUCUGUCUUUUUCCAAAAUGGGUGAUACAUUCAAACAUCCGACUAGGAGCAAUUAAGUUGAGAAGCCCAAUGUUCAUCUUAUUUAUUAACAGGGAAAGUACUUAAGAAUGAUAUCUGCUCUGCUUGUCUCUUUAAAACUCUAGCUGGCAGGAAGCCAUUAUUUCAAUGCCCUCCCCUUGGUUCACACAGCUAUGCUGCUGACUCGUGCUCUGGUUUCAUUUUAUUUUCCUCCUUGCUGUGUUUGCUCUGGGCAGGAUGGCUUCUCAGCACUCCCAGAAACUGGAGGAGAAACUAGGAUGCAGCAUCUGUUUGGAGAUGUUUACUUUCCCAGUGACUGUGCCCUGUGGCCAUAGUUUCUGUGAAAAGUGCAUCUUGAAGCACUGGGAGUGUGAAGAGCAGGGCUUUACAGGUCAGAAGGUUUACAGCUGCCCCGAGUGCCGAAAUGAGUUCUCAGAGAGGCCACCGCUCAGCAAGAAUGUUAAGCUUGACAGUCUGUUAGAAUUUCUGAAGUCAUCAGAUGUCCAGGUGUCCAGAGCGGAGAAGCCAGCUGCUGUUCAAGGAAGGACUUGCCCAAGGCAUGGCCGCCCCUUAGACCUGUACUGCAAGACAGAGAAGCAGGGCAUCUGCUGCGUGUGCACUGUGAAAGAGUGCCAAAAGCAUGAGAAGGUGCUCUUCAAAGAGGAGCGGGAAAAGAAAGAGGAGUCUUUAAAAGAAACACUGAAGACAACUCAAGACCAAGUAGGAAGGAUCACAGAAGAAAUGCAGAAACUGGACCAGCAGACAGCCACCAUUAAGGAUUCCUCAGAGAAGCUAAAAUCAGGGGUGUUGCAAAAGUUUGACCAUCUCAUGAAAGCCCUGAAGGAGUGCCAGAGGAAGGCAGUGGAGAAAAUUGAAAGCAAGCAGGCUUCUGCGCUUGGACAGCUGGAAGAGAACUGGGAUCAGUUGCAGCACCAAUUGAACAUCUGCACCCAGCACAACAGGAAAGCCGAAGAGCUGCUGUCCUUCACUGAUGAUAUGAUGUUUCUGGAGGAACUGCUGUUCCUCCCUUCUCCUGACGACUUGAAAGUGCCUCCAGCUCUUGAAUUUGACUUGGCUAGCAGUGUGGAUCCCAUCACUACCUUCUUCAAUGAGGUCCUCAGACUUUUAGAAGAUGCAGUCUCAAAUUCCAUGGAACCACACGCGGCUGACACAGAAAUCUCACUGGAGCCAAAGGUAACUGCAGGGAGGGCUGGAUUGUGUCUUCCACAGAAUGAGUCACGAAUUCAGUUUUUAAAAGAUCAACAAAACUUGACUUUUGAUCCAGCUACAGCUAACCGAUACCUGCAAUUGUCUGAUCACAAUCGGAAAGCCAACCACAUUCAAGGUUUUCAUAGUAUAUGCCCAAAUGACCCACAGAGGUUUGAACCAUGGCAGGUCAUGUGUGCCCAGAACUUCAGCCAGGGCAAUAUCUACUGGGAAGUCAAAUUAUCUGGAGACUCUGCUAUUGUUGGCGUAGCUUACAAGAGGAUCCCGAAGAAGAAACGAACUGGUCGUUCCACAUUCACCAUUGGGCUGGAUAAGUUCUCCUGGGGCUUGCAUAUCCAAGAAGACUGUUAUUUCGCCUGGCACGAUGGCAAAUCUGUAAAAAUAAAAGCGCCUUUGUGCAAAUUCAUUGGAGUCCUGUUGAACUAUGACAAUGGGAUCCUGUCCUUCUAUGGCAUAGAUGACAAUAUGAAGCACCUCCAUUCUUUCUACACCAUCUUCACAGAGGCCCUUGUUCCCAUUUUCUGGCUUUGUGAAAGCACUGCUGUUACACUUUGCCAAAAGCCGCAACAAGGUCAAGUCGUAAUGGAUGGAAUGUCUCCUAACUUGGAAGCAGCUGCUGCUACUGUGGAGAAAGCACAAGAAGAGAGAGCUCCAGAACACUGAGGGCAAGUCUGAGUUUUCAGGGUCCUUGUUUGUGCAGAUGGUUUCUGUCCUUCAUACCUCCCUCUCCCUAACUCUUCCAUCUGAACGUGUGGCAAGUGUGCAAGAAACUUGAUAAUUAGAAGAUGCUAAUUUGGCAACUCAGAAUGGAGUUUUGCCCCUCCUGGCCAUCCAUUGCUCUUGGUGCAAAAUGUAGCUUUUCGAGAAUCUCUUCUUGUAUUAAGAAACUAGGCAGAAUCCAGUAACUAUGAAAAGAAGCAAGAGACCAGAGUGAACAACAGUUUUUAUAUUUCAGAUAGCUAAGCAACCACUCUGGUGGGGAUCCCAUCCCAUAUACCUUAUUUACCUGAAUCUAAAACUAGGUUUCCCCCCAAGUUCUUUGAUGUUAGAAAUUGGGCAAGUAGCUAAGCAUUCUUGCUAGGAAGUUCUAGAGCCAUGAUAUCCUGCAGUACAAAAGCAACAGAGCCUUGUGGUACCUUAAAGAGACAGAAUUACUAUAGCAUAAGUUUUUAUGAACUACAGUCUGAACAGUACUUCUCAGUAGGCAGGUAUACUCAUAAAUACAUGGGUAUAGAGAAAAACAUUUGUACACAUCACAUCAGAGUCAAAUGCAAGAGGAAAUGUGACAGACUUAGUCUAGUAACAAGUUUAAAGCCUGCAAGACAAAAAUGGUGAUCAUAGACCUGAAUCAAGAUGCAGGUAUUUGUUUUUCAAAGUGUACCAGAGUUAAUUAUCUUAGCACUACUAGAAGGCCAUUGUCAUCAAUCAGUGCAACUGUGAUUUGUCACCGUGUGUGUAUGUGUAGAUAUAUCUGUCUGUGUGUGCAUAUAUACAUGCUCUCACACACAUUCCCCCAUACACCUGCCUACUAAGGAUUAUAUUUCAUGUGUCUGAUGAAGUGGACUGUAGUCCAUGAAAGUUUGUUCCAAUAAUUUUUUUUAGUUUUUAAGGUGUCCCUAAACUCUGUUGUGUUCACUAAGUGAGUCCUAUCGAAUUUAGUGUGACUGCUGAGAAAAUACAUUUUUGUUUGGGCUGGUAGAGUUCUUCUACCCUCUUCCUGCUCCCAACAUGGACUGAAUGGGGAAGAGUACUGCCUGAGAUAAAUGUCUAUUCUAAUGCUUCCUAGCCACAUUUUUAUUCCUGUGUUGUGAAAGGGGAAAUAAUCGGAAUGGAUGGUGACUUCCCCAAGGCGACUUCCCCUCUAGUUUAUAGACAGGGCCCCGCUAAAAAAAUCCAAACUAGUUGUUUGGAUGUAUCUAAUUGUGUUCCUUGGCUCACUGUGGGAUAGCCUGGUGUUUUCCACUUUCUUGAGUCAGUAUUUGAAGGGUUUGGGGGAAAUAUCUUGCAGUUGCCAUCACGUUUUCCCAAACCCCAAGGGUUUGCUUUGUCUGCCUGUAGGCAUGAGAGGACACCAUCUCUUUGGCUGUCUCCAAGACUUUAGAAUGCCCUCCCUAGGAAGGUGUGGUCUACACCUCUCUGAUGCCCUUCUGGGUGAAGGCAUAUUUGUUUCACUAGGCAUUAAAUCUGUCACUGACUUCAGAUCCCACCCACCCCCGCCACCUGCUGUUUUAUUGGUUCUUCUCUGCUACUAAAGGUAAAGUGUGCUGUCCAGUCGAUUUUGACUCCUGGCGCUCACAGAGUCCUGUGGUUUUCUUUGGUGGAAUACAGGAGGGGUUUAUCAUUGCCUCCUCUCGCGCAGUAUGAGAUGAUGCCUUUCAGCAUCUUCCUAUAUCGCUGCUGUUCAAUAUAGUACCAGCAGGGAUUCAAACCGGCAACCUUCUCCUUGUUAGUCAAGCAUUUCCCUGCUGUGCCACUUAAGGUGACUCUCUGCUACUACUGUGCUGUUUUUUAUUGAUUCUUGAGUGGAGGGAGUGGUUUCUCAGUGUUUUGGGAAGUACUGUCUUGACUGACUAAUAUAGUUGCACUUUUAGGUUCAAACAGUGGGGGACUUAUUGGAGUUGUAAGGGCACACCUGAGCUGUUGCUUUUGUCCUGAUAUGCCAUAAAACUACUUAAGCAAUUCCAGUGACAUCACACUUCAGCCCAGCUUGCAUACAGGAUAGACAGUUCAAUAGUAUAUCUACAUCUUCUGUUCUGAUAAAUUGGGUAGAUAUGGCUUCUCUCCACAAUAUUUAUUUUCAUUGGGAUAUGAUGCUGCCAAAUAAAUUAUUAAACAACGAAUAGUGGUUAUGGAGAAGCAAGCUCCAUAUCCAAAUCUAAGUUUUGUGGCCACUAGUAGUAUUCCAGGCGGCUUCUCAAACUACCCUUAGCCAGCUGCGUAUCUCACAAAUCUGACCACUCUAAAUCGAGGGAGAACUUUCUCGCUGGUGUGGCCCAGUGCCCUGCCUUCUGCCAUUUUGGAUGGCAGAUUUAAGAAAAUAUUGCUCAGGAAUUGACUAUGCCCAUGUGGUUCAGGCAAUAUUGAAACUAUUUCACAUAUUUUUCUAUAUUGCUCAUACUAUAGGGGCAUUCGUAUUGCCUGGAUUGAACCACUUAAAAAAAAAUACACCAGGUCGAUCAGAAGAGCAUUGCAUCUCCUUUCUUCUGGCAGACCAGUAUAUAGCCAUUACAGCUGGGGUAGCAAGAUUCUGUGCAGCAGCUUGUAAACUAAGACGGGAGAAUUGACUUAAUUUGUAUGAGAUCUCUGUAUGUGCUGAUGUUUUAUUACCUGCUGCUGUUGUUUUGAUCUUAUUUCGUUUUAUUUUGAUUUUUACUUUUAUCUUUACUUGCUGACUGCUGGUCACUAACCGUAAUAAAAAUCCAUCCAUUCA